AUGAAGGAGUUGGUGUUUAAGAGGCAAAAUGAACUAGAAGAAAUCUACCGAGGGGUUCAUAUGGAUGUAGAUAGUGAUGUAGCGCGAGAGAUUCUCGGGAGCCUCGUAGAUUCUGGUAAUGUGGAUCUGUCUGAUCUUCUUUCAAGCAUGGAUGAUCAGAUUGCAAAAGCCAAAGAGCAAGCUCUAAGCAGGAAGGAUAUCUUGGACAAGGUGGAGAAAUGGAGAUAUGCAAUUGAGGAGGAGAAGUGGCUUGAAGAAUAUGAAAGGGAUGAAAAUCGCUAUAGUGCUGGAAGAGGAGCACACAAAAAUCUGAAACGUGCUGAAAAAGCACGGAACCUGGUCAGCAAAAUAUCAUCUAUUUGCGAGAAUUUGACUGCAAAAGUAAAAGCUUGGGAGAUGGAGAAAGGAAUUCCUUUCUUAUAUGACAAGGUUCCUGUCUUACAAAGCUUGGAAGAAUAUAGUGUGCUACGACAGGAAAAGGAAGAGGAAAAGCGAAAAUUUCGGGAGCAGAAACGGCUGCAAGAACAAUUUGCUGCUGCAGAACAAGAAAGCCUUGUCCUCCGCAAUUCAUUCUUGAUGCGGAAGGAAAGCCCACUUCUUCCAUAA